AUGGUACUGGUUUUCCUUGCCACUCUUCUAUGUGUUUGGUUAGUUUACGAGUUUUAUUGGAAAAGAAGAAAUUUCCCUCCAGGCCCAACGCCAUUGCCAUUUUUGGGUAAUCUACUUCUUCUCCACAAGUAUCAGCCUGGUCAUGAGGCGUUCGAAGUAUUGAAGAAGAAGUAUGGCCCUGUAUUUACAUUUUGGUUUGGAAACACACCAAUGAUAAUGGUCACAGAUUAUACUAUCAUGAAAGAUUUGUUUGUUAAGCAAGCUGAACAUUUCUCAGAAAGAGUUGUGUUCGGCAAACUCACAGAAAUCGUUCGAGGUGGCUCUUAUGGCAUAAUUGAUACUAACGGAGACAAAUGGCGAACUCAUCGUCGCUUUGCUCUACAAAUUCUCAGAGAUUUGGGUGUUGGUGGUAAUAUUGCUGAGCAACAUAUUUUGUUUGAGACCGAAGUUCUUCUGAAGAGCAUUGAAGCCUCGGAUGGCGAACUCACAAAUAUCAAAAAACAUUUACGAGUAGCUGUUGCCUCCACAAUCAAUCUAUUUCUUUUCGGAUAUCGUUUCUCUGAUGAUAAAGCAGAUGAACUUCAAAAAAUCUUAGACACACUUGAUGAUUUCAAGAAUGUCAAUGCCACCUUCCGAGCUUUGCUAUGUACAGUUUUUCCCAUUCUUCUUGAUUUCCCAGGAUUUAGAGCUAUGAAGAAAACGUUGAUGGGAACCUUUAAAAUCUUCUCUGAUUAUUCCCUUCAGCAUUUGGAUGAGUUUAAACAAGAAAUCGAUUAUGAAUCCGACGAAGUUAAGAAUUAUGUAGAAGCAUACUUAAAGGAACAGAUGAAACGGGAACUAGAGGGAGAUUUUGAAUCGUUCAGUAACCAUCAGUUAGUCAACGUUUGUUUCGAUUUAUGGUUCGCAGGAUUUGAUACAACUCUCACCACCAUUCAAUGGGCUCUUAUCUAUUUAUCAAACAAUCCAGAUGUUCAAGAGAAAAUGAGGGAGGAGCUAGCUAAUGUUAUUGGGAAGGAUCAGAUGGUUACAAUGGCAGAGAAAACCAAGUUGCCAUACUGCCAAGCUGUUCUUAAC